AUGAUGUCACAUGAAACUAGUAAUAAGCAGGACCUUGGAAUAUCAUCCAGUCCUAAGGGUCGUAAGAAGAAUAAACAUCACGAUAAUACCCACCAUUCCAAACAUCCGCAUCAUCAUCACACAAAUGAGGAUCGAGAUAAACACCAUGGUUCCGAACAUGGCAAGAAAGGGAAACUUCCAAAAAGACCACAUAUACCGAUAUUAGAAAUAAGACAAGAGUAUCGACAUUAUGUAUCUACCCAUCUUCAGAAUUUACCUAAAUUUAAAACCUUAGAUGAAACUGUAUGUUGGAAUUUGCCUGUUUAUGACUACAUUAUAGAUCAAUAUGCCGAGAAUAAUUCAAAUUUCCGUACAAAUCCAAGAUUAGCCAACCCAGAAGCUCAGAAACAAUUAAUAGAAUCGAUGAGAAACGUUUAUGGACGAAAAAGUAUCUUGUUUUGUGUUGAUGUUGAAGCCUGGGAAUUCAAUACAAGGAUAGUUACAGAAAUAGGAAUCGCAAUAUAUGACCCCCGUGAGCAACAAAUGGCAAUGAUGCCUACUAUUCAACAAAUUCAUAUUAGAAUUAAAGAAAACAUAGAUAAGAUUAAUGGAAAAUUUGUUCCUAAUCAUGCUAAUAAUUUUAAUGGUGGUGUGUCUUAUGUUAUGACAAAAUAUGAAGCUGCAUCAUUUAUUCAAAGUUUAGUAGAUUACUAUUUACAUAAACCAAAACCACACAACGUGCCAUCAUAUUUUGUUGGCCACGAUGUAUCAGGUGACAUCAAGUGGUUAAAUGCCUUGGGUGUAAAACUUCCAACCCAUUUUUUAAGAUUAGACACAGCACAAUUAUUUAGAUUCAGUAGAGGGAAAUCGGGAAUCAGUUUAAAGAAUGCCCUUAAUGUUGUACAAAUACCUCAUGCAUUUUUACAUAACGCUGGUAAUGAUGCCUAUUAUACAUUGGUAUUGGCAAUGACCUUGUGUGAUCCACAAUGUAGGGUUCGCUUUAAUUUGGAUGUAAUGGACCCAUCACCUGCCAAGCAAGAAGAUAAAUCAAAAGAAGAAGGAGAUCUGACCAAAGACGAAGAUGGGAAGGAACAGUCCUCAGAUUUAUCUAACGAAGACGAAGAUAGUAAGAUGGAUAUAGAAGACCUGAACGACACAAAACCUGCAGAAGAUCCAAAACCUUCCCCUGCAGCUAUAAAAAAAGAAAGGCUGAAACGAAGAUUGGAAAAGAAAAAGAAGAACAUAGCUGUGGCAAAUACCGCAGAUUGCAUUGAGUUAUAUACAGCCAUUGAAGCAACCUUGACAAUAUUUAAGCAUUAA